AUGGGUGUUAAAGGCAGAUGGACUUUGUUGAACCCGGUAGAGUCAGUGUCACUUGUUGACUGGUCUGCCCAGAAGAUCACCACUGGAACAUGGAUGGAUGUUUGCCACAAAGUACCAUCAUGGGCAGACAAAGAGUCCAGCACAGGCUUCGCUAUUCAAGCGACUGGGAUGCCUUUUUCAUCUCCCAGUCAUACCUUUAUUCAUGUUCAAUGGUCCAGGAUUUGGUUUUCUGUAUUGGGAGGUGAAGCAGAGGCUGAGCUUGCAAUGCUCUCAGACCUUGGCCAAAUUGAUGCUGUAAUGUCAGAGGAUUUUGAUACUAUGGUAUUCAGUGCUCAGCGAGUGGUUCGAAUUAAAGAGGAGAGCGACUCUGAAUAUCUCAUUGAGGAACAUGAGGUUAGAUCCCAAUUCUCCCACAACAACCUCGUAAUGAUUGCAUUACUUGCUGGUGGUGAUUACAAUGUAAGCAUCGGAGAACAACUAUUUGAUGCCUUUAAAGCAUCUGGCAUUGACAACUAUGCUGCUGUUGCCUCCAUGUGGUGUCAGGAUCUCUGUACGAUGUUGGAAAAGCAGGGAGCCGGCCAUCUUCAUUCUCAGCACCAUUCGCUAGCUUCACAUAUUCCUCUUGACUUCCCAAAAGUGUCCGUCCUCCUUCAAUACAUUCACCCGGUAAUGUCCCAGUCAAAUGGACUGGAGAAUCUACCUGCUGCUCCAUCACUGUGUCAACCAAACAUACCCCUCCUUGCAAAGCUAUGCGAGGAGCUCUUUGUUUGGGGGCACUCAGCGGGCAUCAUACAAAAUUUCAGCAAUCAUGUCUUUCCAGGAUUAGCUACCCGUGAACUGCUUCAAGACUUAUACAAACGAUGGGGGUUGAUGCAUGCUGAUGACACUAGCAUCUCUCAGCACACUAUGAUCUCCAAAGCAAUCCUCACUCAGAUCACCUCCGCAAUCAAUGGAAUAUAUGAUACUGACAUCACAUCCAAGAAGCUUGAUCAGUUUGCCAAAAAACGCGAAGUUCACAUAUGGCUUUCCUGUGUGUUGGCCCUUCAUGCACGGCCAAACAUCUUGGACCACCAGAUGCUCAAAACUGGUGGAAAGCACAAAGCGCUAAAGCCACAUAUUGAGCAAGUAAGAUGUCACAACAUCGAACUUGAACCUAGCCUUGUUCAGCCUGUUGCUUCGACUUCUGCUAAUGUACUGAAUGCAAGUCAAGACUCAGCAGAACUGAACAGGUCUGUGUCAGUCUUAGAGAUAUCUAGUGAUGAGAGUGGCAAGGAAAUGACAGGCAGGGCUCCCAUUGUCAAUACUUUUUCUCUUUCUAGAAGUGACUCCAAGGAAGUGCCAGAAACACGCCGCAUCUCCCAAGUAUCAGAUUGA